AUGGGGACGCAGCCCACAGAGCAGGUUUCCUGGGGCCCCUAUUCUGGAGAGGAUGACGAAGCUUACUCUGCAGAACCGCUGCCAGAGAUUUGCCACAAGGCGGAUGUCCAGGCCUUCAGUCGGACCUUUCAACCCAGCGUCUCGCUGACCGUGGCUGCGCUAGGUCUGGCUGGCAACGGCCUGGUCCUGGCUACCCACCUGGCUGCCCGACGCACUGCCCGCUCGCCCACCGCUGCCCACCUGCUGCAACUGGCCCUGGCCGACCUCCUUCUGGCCCUGACCCUGCCAUUCGCUGCUGUAGGGGUUCUUCAGGGCUGGAAUCUUGGAAGCACUACCUGCCGCGCCAUCUCCGGCCUGUACUCGGCCUCCUUCCACGCUGGCUUCCUCUUCUUAGCGUGUAUCAGCGCGGAUCGCUAUGUGGCCAUCGCACGGGCGCUUCCAGCAGGACCCCGACCCGCCACUCCAGGCCGUGCGCACUUGGUCUCCGUCCUCGUGUGGCUGCUGUCGCUGUUGCUGGCGCUACCCGCGCUCCUCUUCAGCCAGGACGGGCAGCGUGAAGGCCUGCGGCGCUGCCGCCUCAUCUUCCCCGAGGGCCUCGCGCAGACGGUGAAGGGAGCCAGCGCCGUGGCGCAGGUGGUGCUCGGCUUCGCGCUACCGCUGGCCGUCAUGGCCGCUUGCUACGCGCUCCUGGGCCGCACGUUGCUGGCCGCCAGGGGGCCCGAGCGCCGGCGCGCGCUGCGCGUCGUGGUGGCCCUGGUGGCCGCCUUCGUGGUGCUGCAGCUGCCCUACAGUCUUGCCCUACUACUGGACACAGCCGACCUCCUGGCAGCCCGUGAGCGGACCUGCCCUGCCAGCAAGCGCAAGGAUCUAGCGCUGUUGGUGACGGGAGGCCUGGCCUUGGCCCGCUGCGGCCUCAAUCCCGUGCUCUAUGCCUUUUUGGGCCUGCGCUUCCGCCAGGACCUGAGAAGGCUACUUCGGGGUGGGGGUUGCAGCCCCAGAUCCCCAGGCCGCCGCCGCUGCCCGCGCCGGCCCCGCCUUUCUUCCUGCUCGGCCCCCACAGAGACCCACAGUCUCUCCUGGGACCAUUAAAGCCUCAA